AUGCAAAGCGACGACGGCGUCAAGCUGCCGAUUGGCGGCGUGCGCGUCACCUUCCCAUUCCAGCCUUACCCUGCCCAGAUUGCCAUGAUGAGCAGCGUCAUCCGCGCGGUGGAGAAGCGGCAAAACGCGCUGAUCGAGUCCGCGACGGGAACAGGCAAGUCGCUUGCAAUGCUUUGCGCGUCGCUCUCGUGGCAGGCGGAAUACGCGACCAGGAUUGCCAUCAAGGCUCGCGAGGCGUCUCUGGCUGCCAAGAAUGCCCCCGGCCCGCCUGCCGUGCUGCUUGGCAGGUCGUCGUCGCCGUCGUCGACCGCGGUGGGCGAGAAUCCCAAUCCGCUGAUCGUACCGCCGCCACGACAUUCUGUGCUGGAUGGUGAGGGGGCACCAGCACCACCACCUAGUUGCGGAAACGAUCCCACCAGCACCUCGAACAAUCGGUUGAAGGAAGCAACAGGGAUGGCAGAGUCUGGUGGUGGCGCGAAUGCGCGGCGCCGGCUCCAAGAAAUCCAAGUGGACGACAUUGACGACGACGACAACGACUUUAUAGAAUCGCCAGCCACACCAGCAACAGAGGGUGCAAGGUUGCGUCAGAGCAGCGGCCGAUGGACCAAGCGUGCUCGGAUGGACCACGUUCCCGAGGCCGUCAGCAAUCGACGUAUUUUUGCGCCAGUGGCUGUUUCACUUUCGGAUCCGGAUCCGCCGGCACUGUCCUUCUCGGCCAUGUUCAAUGACACUGACAUGGUGCAUGACGAGUCGGUGCCUCCUGACUCGGGUGCUGGCUACAUGACGGGUAUGCCACCCCCGAGCACCCCAGACACCAACCGCGUUCCGACCAUUUUUUACGGCACUCGAACCCACAAGCAAAUAUCGCAGAUGGUUCGCGAGCUCCGACGCUCAGGACAAACCAACGUCACCAUGUGUGUGCUCGCAAGCCGUGACAAGACGUGCAUUCAUUCCAAGGUGGCGGCUUCCAGCCAAAAGAACGAACUGUGCAAAUCCGCCAUUGAGACGCAUGACUGUCGCUAUUACCAUAACGUAAAAACACUGACGCGUCAUUCAGACUUCCGCGCCAAUCAGCGCUUGGCCGUCUGGGACAUUGAGGAUUUGGUCGAGCUGGGCAAGAAAACGCGCUCGUGUCCCUAUUUUGCCGCACGCGAGAUGGUUGGCGAGGCCAACAUUGUGUUUUGCCCGUACAAUUAUCUCGUCGAUCCAGUCAUCCGCAAACAGAUGGGCCUCAACAUUAAAGACAGCAUCAUCAUUUUGGAUGAAGCGCACAACAUCGAGGACGUGGCUCGAGAAUCAAUGAGCUUGACUGUUUCGCUUGAAGAGCUCGUUGACGCUGAGAACGAGACGGGCUCGCUUCGGCUGAUGUGCUCGCCGGGCUGCAGGGAGUCCUUCGGGGACGUUGUGGCCAUGGAUACAGAUGACGGAGGACCUGCCCAGCAGCGGCUCGCGACCCUUGAGCGCAGCUACUCGCAGCUGAACGAUUUCCUAUCUCGCUUGAACGCGUGGCUCCUGCUUCAGACCAAUUCGCUGACUGAGGCUGUAGCUUUUGAAAAGGCCCAAUCACGCUGGUCUGGCAUGCAGGCGGUUGCAGUGCUGGAGCAGGCGGGCGUGACUGGAGCGUCCAUCAAGCAGCUGUCGGCUGCGAUAAACUCGACCAACGCUUCAGCGCGCGCGUCUGAGCAAACCACGAACGAGGCCGGACAGAAGGUGCAGAUGCCCACGCCUUCGCCACAAACCGCAGCGCUCUUGGAGCGACUCCUGCUCAUUAUCGAAGCGCUGCUGGAAGACGGGAGUCGCGCUGCGAACGAUUAUGCCAUGGUGAUUUCGAAAUCUGCAACAACAACAACAACAACGCACACAGAUGCUCGGCCUGCGGCCUCUGUCCGAGGUAGCCGUCGCGACAUGCAACGACGCCUUCUGCAACAAGAGCGCCAAGCGGCUGGGCUGAACAUUGAGUACGAGGCUGCUGAAGCGGACCAGCCGCCAACCAGCCACAUUCCGGGGAACAGAGACGGUCGACCGUCUCGAAGCAGCAAGGCCUGGUCGUUCUCCCUGAACUUUUGGUGCCUCAAUCCUGGUGUAGGCUUUCGCAGUUUGUCCAAGGCUCGAAGCGUCAUUUUGACCAGCGGCACACUCUCACCUAUGACCUCGUUCGCUUCGGAGCUCCAAACCGAGUUUGCCGUUCGCAUGGAAGGCAAGCAUCAGGUAGAUCCCAGCCAGCUAUGGGUGGGCGCUGUCGGUGUUGGUCCAAGCGGAACGGAGCUCAGCGGCGUGUACAAGAGCGCCGAAACGUUCAGCUAUCAGGACGAGGUCGGCCAGCUCGUGUUGCGCGUGUGUCGAACCGUGCCUCACGGUGUCCUGUGCUUUUUCCCGUCCUAUUCCCUCUUGGAAAAAAUGACCUUGCGGUGGCGCGACACUGGUGUUUGGCAGCAACUGGCUGCUCAGAAGACCAUGUUUGUCGAGCCCAAGUCGGCCGACAAAGCUGCGUUUGAGGAAAUGAUGCAGCGUUACCAGAGCGUGAUUGAGCGAGGCAAAUCGCAGUCCCCAGCCGGAGCUCAUGGAAACAAGUCUGGCAGCAGUGCCAGCUCGGGCGCUUCAGCAUCAACCAAGCCGCCUCGCUCGGCCUUUACCUCUUUCUUUACAUUGCAGCAAAAGGCCGUUGCCGGAUCGCGCACAAGUAAACUCGGCACCCAGAAAAAGGGUGCUGCGAAUGCGGACACCUCAAGUCCCACCACUGGAAAUGGCGCCUUGCUUCUCGGCGUGUGUCGCGGCAAAAUCAGCGAAGGCAUCGACUUUGCCGAUGACCAAGCGCGUGCCGUUAUUAUUGUGAGCAUCCCCUUUCCGAAUUACACCGACCCGCAGGUCGAACUGAAGCGGUUGCACAACGACCAGCGUGUCAAACAAGGACUUCUCGCGGGCAAGGAUUGGUACGAAAUCCAAGCGUUUCGCGCCGUCAACCAAGCCGUUGGGCGGUGCAUUCGGCACAAGGCAGACUGGGGAGCCAUCAUUUUCGCCGACCAACGUUUCUCGGCCAACGAUCGGCUGCAUGGAUCGCUGUCGUCGUGGGUUCGCCACAAUCUCAAGACGUACAAGCAGUUUGAUCCGAUGAUGCAGUCUCUCGCGAGCUUUAUGGACUAUCGCGCUCAGCUGGCCUUGGUCUCGGGGAAGGACGCUGCAGAGGCACCCUCGUCUGCCGUCGCACCGUCCGCGUUCGUAGCCAAGUCCGAAGUUGUUGGGUCGGUCGACUCUCAAGCUGCUGUUCCAACCAUCCAACUGUCUGUGCCUAUUGUAGCGCCACUUGUGCAUCCGAACGACGCCUUGCCAAGAAGAACGACGCAAGCAAUCGUCGUUGGCUCCCAUCCAGCAGCGACUCCGGUCGGGAUCAGUCCCAUCCACACGCGGCAUGUCCCACCACCCAAGUCAACCUUCGCCUCAACGAGUGCGGAGAGCAAUGCCGCGAGACUUUCACCAACAGCAAGAAGCACAUCGCCCGCUGCCGUACCGCCCGCCGCGACGACAAAUCCCGAAGCAUUGCCAGUGGAGGAUGAGGACUUUGAUCUCCAAGACGACUUUGAUUUUGAUUUAAACUUGUCUCAACUUGGCUCGGCGUCAGCGGAGACCUCUGGCGUUGCCGACACGCCUGUGUGCAGCCAUUCGCCUGACGCAUUGGUCGCUGCUCAAAGCUGUUGUAGUGGCCAGAUUCUGAACGCCGAAGGCCCGUCCAGCGGAGCAUUGCAAAGCGAGGCGGUCGACGAAGGUGCUGCAGGAUCCCUGGACGUUAGUAGCGAGCGCGCGACACCGGGUCCCGAGCGUGCCAUCUGCCUACGAUGUCAAAAGUGCGGCGGCAUAGUCGAUCGCACGUUUCUGGAGCCCUUCCCAUCUGCUCUUCUCGACGCAGGGCAGGCCGGGUCGGUCGAAGUGCCGCAUUUGCGAAAACAGCUCGUCCGGAUACUCUCGCAGUCGGCAUGCUGCAUCGAACUUCCGCCCCAGUGGAAGCAAGCGAUGCCGGCGCUGCACCUACUCGCGCCAGAGUGUUUUCAGCCCGACAUGGAGCAGUCGGUCUGGUGUUUGGCAAUGCAAAGCAUGAGCGAUGCGUUGCAACCAGCGCAAGGCACGCCCGCUUCGCGCGUUCGUCUGAACAGCUCAUUUGAUGCCCGCACCGGCCAGUGCAUGGCCUUGCUCGAAUGCCGUCACUGCGUCGACGGGCUCGGUGUGAGCACGAUUGUUGGUGUCUGGAUCAUGGACUUGUGCGGAAAUGCCGCCAGCAGCUCGGAUUCGACCUCCAACGUCAAGGCUUGGCCUGGUGUUGCUGUUCUCUCCAACAUUCCCAUCAGAAUGCAAGUGUUGGAUGCAUAGUGGACACGGAGUUUGCACGUUGUCAAAAAAGCAUGUCAAAGUACAAUGUGUAUCAAUUUGCGA